AUGGAUGAUGUGUCGUUGAAGCCAACGGUGGUUUUCAUGAUGGCGCAGGACAUGCAAGAUCUGGUUUUGGUCUCCGGUGCCAAUGCCCCUUGCUUGCAAGAUGCCUUUCGGCAGCCCAUCGCAGCUCCUUCCGCCCCUUAUGAUUUGCACCAUGGUCAGGUGCGCAGGGGAUUCGUGCUGCUGCAGAUGCAUGACCCGACAGCCAUUUGGCUACCAGUCGCGGACCCUGUGGAAAAGGGACAUGGCGCUUGCUUUUUGAGGGCGUUGGCAACAUUUCACUGGCACCGGAGCCUAGGUUGUGGAGAUCCAGGGCGAGCACUGAGGGUCAGUGCUCGAGGCAAAGGGGAAGUCUUUGGCAUCCUCAUUGGCGAGGGCCUUGUGGAGGUUCUUGGGUUUCUUUGGCUUGGGCCGCGGAACAGGGUUGCUGCGACUGGUAUCAGUAUGAGCUCAUACUAUGGGGACGCGUGGGCCACCUAUGGGGUAGAGAUAGAUAGCUUCGAAGGUCCCUCUGAAGAAAGUAGCAGAAGAAGUGAAACUUCGGGCUGGUCACAGUGGAGCGUAGGUGGUAGGAGACAGAGAGAAGAGGUGAACACUGAAUGGUUUGAAAUGGCAUCCAAUGCCUCCGGGGAGGGGUCACAAUCGUCAUGGUGGAAGGGAGACUGUUGGUCAUGGGAUUCUUGGGACGGUUCAUCGUCCGGCAGUCGUGAAAACUGGGCGUAUGUGACGCGUAGAGAGCCUGGAGGGUAUUGGGAGCAUUCAGAUCCAUGGCAUCAGUGGCAUGGCAGCUGGCGAGAACAUGCACCUGGUCAGGGAGAAGUUCGACGUUCAGCACAAGGUCAAGGUAAAGGUUCAGAACAACCUGAUCAUUCGGGAGAAUCCGAAGGAGAAGAUCGACCUAAAGGUGAUUUACCGAGUGGCAAAAUCACUAGCGUGCAAGAGAGAGCAGACAAAGAAGAAGAGAAAAAGCUUUCGGGCAAGGUCUCCAAUAGCUAUCCCCCAGUUUUUCGAGCUCGACAAGGUGAAAAUUAUCGAGACUGGAAGAGAUCUGUCAAGUUUUGGCUACAUGGUGAAGGACAACAACUUCCCACAGGCUUGGUUGGCUCUAGGGUCAUGGUGCAGCUACGUGACCGAGCAGCACAACUCGUCAAACAUCUGGAGCCGGAAGAUGUGAGUCAGAAAGAUGGGCUCCAGCGGAUCUUUGAGACGUUGGAAAAGAGUCCGCUCAUCAAACAGAGCGAGAAGCAUAGAGUGGAUUGGCACCGGAAGAGACUUCUCACCUUGUCUCGGGUGGCCGGUGAGAGCUUGGAAAGCUACAUCACACGAGCUGGACUUUAUCGAGCACAACUUGAAGGACUAGAUGCAGCUCUGAGCAUGGGAGAAAGGUUUUUUGUGGGACACUUGAUAGAUCAUGCAAGGUUGACGCGCCGAGACAAGGCGAUGAUCAAAACACAUGCAGGAGAUGAAGAUGAAGUCUCGAUCACGGGAGCAAUGAUGGAGUUGUCCAGUGAAUUGGAGGGCGAGCAGGGCUAUCCGAUUGGUCAGGCCGAAGCUCAGUUGAGUGGAGCGCAAGGUGAAGAGCACUUGGUCCAAAGAGGAGUAAUGGGCUUGCGUUUCAACAGGCGUGACAAGGCGGCUUUGGUGGCUGAAAUGAAUGAAGUGGAGACAGAGACCAAUGUGUCUUUGGAGGGCAUUCCAGAAGAUCCAGCAGGAGAUGACAGUGUGGAUGAGUGCGAUCCUCAGCUGCCAAGUGACGUUUUACAUGCAGAACAUGAAGCCCUGGCGUUGCAGUUCAGGGCAAAGCAGAAGAUGGCCGAGGCACGAAAGAUGAGAAACUACUAUCGGAAGUCCGAAGGAGACACCAAGAAAACCUCCAAGGCCUCUCCGAAUCCCGUUUUGGUUACGGCUCACAAGCUGGAGUCUGACAAGGAGACUGAAUGGGGCUUGUUGGAGUCACUCUGCAAAGACAGCCUGAGCGCAGAUUCUUCUGAAAGGGCAGUAUACAUGGUGCAUAGGGCAGUUUGCGGGGAAGAGAUGGGAGCCACCACCAAGAAACAUGAAACUCCUGUAGUACCGUUUGAAGCAUGGUGGAACAUGAAGGAGUUGUCCAGAAAAGUCAUUCUUGAUCUAGGCUGCAUGAGGAAUGUGGUGGGUGUUCAAUGGGCCAAUGAUGUGGUUUCGGAGUGGCAACAACAACAGCGAUGGUUUCGGGUUUUGGAAGAGGACGAGGUGUUCAGGUUUGGGGAUGGCAAUACCUUAAGGAGCAAAUAUCGUCUACAACUUCAAGCAACUUUUGGUGGAAAGAUGGUGUUGUUGGCCUUUAGCGUUGUUCCCGGUCCUUGUCCUCCACUCUUGUCCAAACAAUCACAUACACAACUUGGAGUUCAACUUGACACAGAACAUCAUACCAUGUCUUCUAGGAAGCUGCAUGUGAAGAACUAUGGACUCAGUGAGACUAGGGCGGGGCACUACACGGUUCCUAUAGAUGAGUUUCAUGUGAUCGAAGAGGCAGGUGAGGCAGAGCAUGAAUUUUCGAUGGAGCAUCAUCAAGAAGUUGGCUUGGUGCCGCAUGCAGUCCAUGAAUGCGAAGUGUUUGGCUCCGAGAAACAACAAUUCGAGACAGCCCACCGUGCCUCGCAUGUCUGUGGUGAACCCGCCCCUAUGUCGGAUUGUCCGAACUUGUCGGAUCCCGAGUCUGUGGUGGAGCUGGAAUCCCAAACUGGCGACAGCUUUCAGGAGGUGGAGCAUCUUCAGCGCCAGGAAGAACCACGACAAGCUGCGAGAAAGGAGCCUCCCACAUCGAUGGAAGUGGACCGACCAGCCAAGGGACGCGGUCGCGGUCCCGCAGCCCGGGCAGCAGCCAUCCGGGGAGAAGAGACAGCCAGGUCGAGCUCUACGCCCACAGAGCUGAAGGAGAAGACAUCGACAACAAAGAGGUCGAGCAGAAUCAACAGAGGCUUGCCCCCUUCAGAAGAGGAAGGUCCAGAUCAGCGCAUUGUGGAGACAGAGGCGAUCCAAGGGCUCACCAUGCAGGAGGUGGGAGUCGCGAUAUCCGUCGCUGAGCAAUGUGUGGAGCGACGAUUUGGCAUGCAACAUCCUGAAGUGCUUUCAGUCAAGGAUGAGAACUUACCUUUGGAAGAAGGUGGUGUGGCAGUUGCGCGUGAAGGAGGCCAUCCGGGUGGAGUCCAAGGGCAAGGCAACAUGGAAACGCAAUGUGAGGUGGCUCAACCCCUUACUGAGCACGGAAGUGGCGUCGACCUGGGGGCAUUUCGGAGCAAUGAGGCAGAGGCUGCGAUCUUCGGACUUCACCGGGAAGAAGACUGGCACCGAGUUGCACCUCAGCGAGGGAUGAUCCAGAAGCUCAAGAAGGGCAUGGGUGAAGUGUGUGCUCAACAGGCAUUGGUCACUACGUUGGCUGGGGCAAGACCGUACUACAUCGUCAUGGAGAUCUUCGCUGGAUGCGCGAGACUGACGGCGAGGGCAUCAGUGCGUGAGGGAUGGCGAGCGAUGGAGCCGAUUGACAUCCUUUACGGGUAUGACCUGAAGAAUCCGGUCACGCAGAAGGAGAUCUUAGACCGAAUCAAAGAACUCAAGCCAGAUUUGGUCACUCUGAGUCCAAGAUGCGGUCCAUGGAGCCAGAUGCAACGUAUCAAUCCGAACGUUGACAAGGUGAUGGAAGAUCGACAACAAGACAUUCCUUUAUGGAGAUUCAGCCGGAAGGUUUGGGAUGAACAGAAUGGGAACGGUCGCCUGGUCAUGACGGAGAACCCUUACCAGUCGGCUGCACUCACCAUGGACUUCAUGAUGGAGCGCCCCAACUUGCACCGGGCCAAGAUUCCUCAGUGUGCCUUUGGACUGAAGGAUGCGGUCUCUGGCAAACCUCAUCAGAAGUACACGGCCCUGGAUGUGAAUGAUGCUGGCAUGCGAGAAGCGUUGAUGGAAGGAGCUGUGUGCAAUCACACCCCUGAAGAACAUCAACCCAUCGAGGGCAAUGUUUACUACAAUGGGCGGUGGCAGCGACGGUCAGCUUUGGCGUCAAAAUGGCCAGAAGAGCUUUGCGACCACAUCUUGCGUGCAGCAGAGUGCGCAUGGGAAAAAUGUGAUCAAAACGCACCGAGAAAGCUGACUGAUGGCCGAGAAGCAGGAGAAGCUCACUACAUUCUGCCGGUGGAGCCAAUGCCGACUCCGGAAGGAGAACUGAGGAAGCAGCUGGAAAAGGCAGAUUGGAGAGGUGGUCAGUAUGACUACGUGUACUUCGAUGGAGUUGCCCGACAAGGACCCUACAAGAUGAGGCAAGCUUUGGCUCACUUGCAUGUUGUGUUGGGCCACCCCUCGAUGGAGCGGUUGGUGAGGAUGCUCAUGAUCAGCGGCUGCAGCAGUCAAGUGGUGGAGAUAGCAAAAGGGCUGCGAUGUCAGAUCUGCCAAGCAGUGCGUCCUCCUGGAGCUGAACCGAAGGUGGCAGCCACACGACCGACCAGAUUUGGAGAACGGGUGUUGUCGGACUCCUUUUUCGUGUGGGAUGUCAAGGGCGAAAGAUUCAAUGUCACUCACAUGAUUGACGGCUUGACGGAGUACCAUAUGGGCUUGGUCAGCAAACAGGUGGGAGCCGACGUCACCACAGAACUUUUGCAGAAUCGCUGGUGCGCAGUGCUGGGGCCCCCGGAGGUGUUGCAGACUGAUGGAGGCAAAGAGUAUGCGGAUGUGGUGCAACGGGUGAGCAGGUUGCUGGACUUCCGGCACGAGGUGGUGCCUCCAGGUGCAAAGUGGAGGCAGGGCCAAGUGGAGCGCCAUGGUGCAAUCAUCAAACUGAUGAUGAUGCGGGUGAUCUCAACCCAACAAGCAGCGGGACUGGAGGAGAUCAAGUUGGUGGCAACGAGCUGCUUCAAUGCCAAGAACCGCUUAUGCAACAAAGCAGGAAUGUCCCCUCUGCAAGCUGUCACCGGGAAGAACACCACGGUUCCAGUGUCAGUCAUGGAGCAACUCUGCAGUGGCCAGGUGAAGUUUGCGCUGAAUGAGGAGUUGGAACUACGUGAUGCCCUUCGACGAGCAGAACGUAUCCGAGCGGCAGCCAUUGACAGCAACUGGAUCGAUUCCAACCAGGUCAUCAGGGAAGCCAUGAAUCGACGCUCUCGGCCGCCAAAAUUGGAGUGUAUCUUCGAAGGCACCACGGUGUAUGUGCACGAGCCACCGCCCAACCGACGUGGCCAACAUCGACGUCUUCAAGAUCACUCCAGCUGGGAUGGUCCAGGUUUGGUGGUUUGCGGGGAGAGACAACAGAAUGUGCCCAAUAGGGUGUGGGUUCGCAUCAGAGGAAAGGUGCGAAGUUAUCCAUUGGAGAAACUGAGACUGGCAACUCCGGAUGAGAUGUUGGGUUCGCAGUUCAUCGUGCAGAUCUUGGAGGAGAUGCAGGACGAAAUCAAGAAGGGCAAUUUGCGGCUUGAAGAAGAUCAGAACCAACCAAGACAAGCUUUACCUGACAGGGCACAUGCGACACCCAACGUGGAGGAGGAAGGCAAUAUGGAGAUGCUGGAUGACACGCAGGUGCAAGAACGUCUGCGUCGGGUGCGCCGAAUGGAGAUCAUGAAUGACGUGCCGGACUCCAUACGGCAAGGGGCAUUGUCCAGCUCCAGUCAGAGCAGCCGAGUCCUUGUGAGAAGGCUUGAUGACGGUGAGAGAAGGGACCUUCUGAUGGAGGAUGAUGCAGAGAUGUCAGAAGCGCCUCAAGUUCCUCCUGAAGAAGUGGAGCCUAGCCGUUUGAAGUUUCCAGAGAAGAAAGCCCUAUUUGAACAAGGCAGAUGUGAAGGUGGGUUGCCUUCCACUUUGACAGAGGCGCGUGUGAGAAGUGGCAUGACUUUGGCAGGCAGACAGGUGAAGAACAUUCGGAAAAUCAUCAGCAAGCAUCGUCGGGCACCUAUGACACCUCAGGCACGACAGCAACGUGCUGAAGAGCAGUCGAUGGGCAGUGUAGUGCUGCUGACCGAAGUGUUGGAGCCUGAUCAUCACGAAGUUCUGUGGCAUGAAGCAUGCAAAGAGAUGGAGGAGCAGGAGGCGUUUUGGAACUCUCCUGCCGUGAAAGCGAAGGAUCUCAAGAAGAUGAAUAGCAAGAUUGAGAGCAAGGUUUUCCAACACAGAGCAGAUCUGGCUCAGGGCAAGAUCGUCACCGGCAAGGCGAGAUUGGAGUAUCAAUGGUCACAGCUCAAUGAGGAGUGGAAGAAAGCAUAUGAACAGCCUUUGGUGAAGGCUGUGAAGAUCUACUUUGACCAUGAUGCUCUUGCUGGUGUACCCAAGGACAAGGUGAUCAAUCCAAAGCGGAUAUUAUCCACACGUUUUGUGCUGACGAACAAGGGUGGCCCAGAGUUGAAGGAAGCGAUCCUCAAGGCAAGAUUGAUCUUGGGAGGACACAUGGACCCGGACAUGGGCAAGUACGCCACUUUGGCGCCUACUGCAGCUCUCUUGGCACACAAUCUCAUCAAUUGGGUUGCAGUACAAAAACAAUGGGUGGUGAACUAUGAGGAUGUGUCCAGUGCCUUCUUGCAGGGCAAACCAUUGCCGAAGGAGAGGGAGGUCUACAUCCGUUUGCCCAAGGGCUACCCUGACUGCGUGUGGGCCUUCAUCUUGGAGCAGCUGGGAGUGAACUACAGAGAAGAUUUGCUGCAGCUGACCAAGGGAGGCUUUGGUCUUCCGGAGUCACCACGUCUGUGGUACCUAUGCUACAGGGACACGCUCAAGGAGUGUGACAUGAAGGAGUUGGACAUCCUGCCGGGAGUCUUUGCGGCCUAUCACCCUGAUGGAGAGCUGCGAGCUCUGGCGUGCAUCCAUGUGGAUGACACGCGCUUUUGUGGGGACGAAACCAGCCAGGAGAUUUGGGACAAGAUCCACCAGAAGCUCAAGUUCGGUGAACUGCGUAAGGCAACGCAGGGUUGGACGAAGUUCUGUGGCCGGUGGGAGAGGCAGAACCCGGAGACCCUUGAGUUUGAGUACGCCAUGGAGGAGUACGCCAAAGACAUCCAGAAAAUGAAGUUGCCCACCGGCAAUGCCAAGAACCUGAGUGGGGAGAUCUCACCCGAGGAGAAGCUGCAGAUGUCGUCCAUUUUGGGACAGCUCAACUGGAUGGCUCGACAAGGUCGAUACGACUUGUCCUAUGGAGUAUCUCAUGUGCAACAACUGGCAGCUCGAGAAGGAAGAGUGGCCUUGGAGUGGCUGAACAAGGUGGUGUACCGGGCCAAACAGCCAGCUGUUCAAGUGGUAAAGAGGCUGAAGGAUUGGCGCAACUACAUCAUCGUGUCCGCCAGUGACGCAGCAUAUGGAGCACAACCGGGAGGCUAUAGCCAAGGUGGCUUGGUGAUUUGCAUCGCCGACAAGGACAUCCUGGAGGGCGAAGCGAAUCUGACCGUGGUGGAGGCGGCCAGUAUGAAGAUUCAGCGGGUGGUGAGGUGCUCAAUGAGUGCAGAAGUCUCCAUGGCGGCCACCUCCUAUGAACAUGGAGAUUUUGUACGAGCAGCACUGGCCGAGAUUCUCAAUCGAGACUUUGACCUACCGGAAUGGAAGGUCUGGGCAAGUGCACGUGAGCACUAUCUGGUCAUUGACUCAAAGACGGGAUUCGACGUGCUGAACAAUGAGACGCAGACAUCAGACAGAAAGAUUCAGAUUGACUUGGCGGUCUUGAAGCAGGCCUUGAUGGAGGCGGACAUCAAUGCCUUCGUACGUUGGGUGCCGGGCCAUCAUCUGAUCGCUGAUGCCAUGACGAAGUGGUAUGCCAACAAUGAGCUCGAACGGGCCUUGGCAGAAGGAGUUUGGUCUCUGAAGGACACGUCAGAGGCGCAAGGUUUGCGUAGGGAAGCAGCCAAGAAACGGCAGCUUUACCGUAAGGCUGCACGCAUGGAUCAACGGGGGGAUGCAAAGCUGGAAUGCCUUGAGUGGCCAGGACUUGGAGGAUCGACUGUGAGACUCCACGACGACUUCCACCAAGUUUCAGAUCCAAGCAUUUGGGGCAGUCUUUGGAUUGCUGUUUUGCUGUCUCCAACCACAGCAGACUUCGACACCAGGAGCAGUAACUGGGCUCCCGACAAUUUUAUUUCACUGGCCUUGGAGUGGAAGUGUGUGGAACAGCUGGUAAGCAGGCGGACAUCGAAGCAUUGUGCGACACAUUUUGUUUCUUGCUUUGCGGGGUGGGCUCCCGAGAACCGAAUACUGGCCUGGAUACGCAACACCAUACCUUUUCAAUAUUUGAUUUCUCUUUCGGCACACAGACACUGGACAAGCACCACAACACGACAUUUUGUGGGCUACGACACGCCUCUCCACACUGCGGGGUGGGCUCCCGAGUAUUGUUUUGCACUGGCCUUGGAGUUGACGUGUAUUCAGACAGGAGAAGAGUACUUUGAUUUUACACUUGAGCAUCAAGCUUGUUUUCGACUGGCACAGAUUGCAACAGGCCUAGCCUCACAUAAGUUGGACGAGAUCAAACAAUGGCUGGCUGUGCAGAACAUUGAUGUCGCCAUCAUCUCGGAGACCAGAAUGACUUUUGAGAGUGAAUGGACAGAUGGUUUGUGGCAUCAUGUGCAUUCUGGACAGCAAGAUUUCCGUGGUGCAGGACCGGCGGUCUUUAAAUGGCAUGGAAAACUAACAGCUGGUGCGCAACAUGAAGAGCAGGGUCUCUUCAUGUCCUUGCUUAGAUUGCACGGGCUAACCGCCUUGAACACGUGGGGCAUCAACACUGGGCCUAGCUAUCAGUUUGAAUCCCACUGUUCCCGCAUCGACUUCUUGAUCACCCGCAAGACCAUUGCAGAUGGCUGUGCCAAACAUGUCAAAUAUGCAUGGGACGCUCCUUUUUGUGGCAGGUGGGGACACGCCCCUAUGAUUGGACAAAUCAGGAAGCAGUGGAUCCCCACCAACCAGGAUGCAUGUGCCUCCACAAUCAGUCCUGCACAACGCAAGCAGGGCCAUGUGGCUUUUUUACAUGAUUCUCCCAUUUGGCAGACAUAUGUCACUGACACUGGUGACCAAUUGAUGCAGCGCAUGACCAAGGUGCCGCUCUCAGAGGAAACACUCAUCACUGACAUGCAUCAGAUUGCUUGCCGUAAUUUUCAGAAGUUUUUCCCGCGUCAGAUUGCAAACCCAAACAGAGAUGACCAAGCAACACGCCUUGUCAUGAAUAAAUGGCAGCACCGGAAGUCAAUGCUGACAAUUGUGCAGAUCACUCCUCGCAACCUCCUGAAAGCUUGGUUUCAUGUUGCUAGGUUCCAGACCUUGAAACGCAGUGCCCAGGUUCAUGCCAAACAGGUGCGCAAACUCAAGUUUCAAGAGAUAGUGCAGAGUGCAACGGCUGCUGCGUUGAAACAUGACUCACAUUCUCUCUUCCAGUUGAUCAAUAAAUUCUCCCCCAAACAACCCAAAAGACGCAUGCAACUACGUAAUCCCCAAGGACACAUUGCCACUCCAACAGAAGAAACUGCCAUGCUUGUGAACUUCAUUGCAGAAACUUGGAAGGGACCAGAUUGUUUCCCAGUUGCGCAGAACUGUUUUGCAGGCUUGCCGUUCACCAUGGAAGAGCUGGCUGCCUCACUGAGGGGCAUCCCUGCCCUUAAAGCAGUUGCACGACCCUGUGCUCCAGGCAUCGUGUGGGAAGCAGUUGGGCCCUUGAUCACACCUGUGCUUUAUUCCAUUUUGACCAAUUGGUGGCAGAUCACUCGACAUUGCACUGAAGUGCGCACGCUGCUGGCCAUGCAACGCACCACCCCGUUCACACGAGAACAGAAAACCCCGAAAUAUCGAGUGGCAGGAACAGAGAGAUACAUCAAGGUUGGGCGUGGCUUGCGGCAAGGCUGUAAAGCUGCGCCACUGUUAUGGAAUGGCUAUCUCCUUGCUUUUCUUGCUGAGUUGAAGACCCGUGUCUCCCACAGUUGGAUCCAGAGAUGCCUCAACUUUUAUGCAGACGAUGGGCAGCUAGGAGAUUCGUAUAGAUCAGAAACUGAACUCCAUGACCUUUUGACCAACAUUUAUGCCACACUGGAUUUGCUGAAUGAAUUUGGGAUGACGAUCAACUCGGCCAAAUGCACGGCUCUUGUUGCCAUGACCGGCACAUCCUGCCGUAAGCUUCGAACUGCAUUGACCACGUUUCGUGAUGGAAAAGAAUGGCUGAAGCUUGAGCAGCCUCACAAACCGACCAUUUGGCUGCCGGUUGCAUCUCAGGCCAAGUAUCUAGGCACAGUGAUGAGCUACAAACUGCUGGAAGACCAAACAGUGUUGCACAGAAUCCAGCUGUCGAAGAUUGCCUUCCAUCGCCUUAGCCGCUGGCUUAAAGGCAAGCGUGGCAUGCCAACAUGGCAAAGACUUCGUAUAUGGUCCACCUGUGUUUAUCCAGUUCUUAGCUAUGGCAUUUGCACGGUAGGAAUCACCACUUUUGGAGCCACCAAACUGCAGCAGACCAUGUACAGCAUGCUCAGACAAAUCCUAGAUAACCAUGCAUAUGUCACUGGUCAAAGCCAUCACCAAGCACUUGCACAACACGGGGUAGAGUUGCCGCUGAUUUGGAUUGUGAAAACCGUCGACAGCCUGCAACAGUCUGUCACUCAACGACUUCUGUAUGCUGAAGUGCACGAUGUUGUACACCGGCUUGAUUGGAAUCAUCUCUCCAAUUUGAAAGCAUUCCUAUUGGCACAGCGGAACACAGGCCCUGUGGAGUAUCACCUGCCACGAGCUGUUCUGCAGGCUGGCCCUCCAGAGUGCUGGCAACCUGAAGCUGGCCACACUGCUGACGCACACGGUGGCCUUGCCAACAUGCUUGCACCACGCCAAGAGGCCCCAGUUCGAGGGCAACAACUGAUCACAGAUGCAGACCUACAGAACCUCAAGAGCCAAGAAUGGGGAAACAGGAUCCUCACCAUUGUUGGCACACGGAACUGGCACCACAUGCGAGGUGAAAAAGCAGCAUGUGAGUACUUGGCUUCCAGGUGCUGUCUGUGCGACCAGUUCCUUGGCCGUACCCAGGAUCUCAACCAUCACCUCAAGCUGCUCCACCCGGAAUAUUGGCCCCACACUGCGGCCAAGGGCAAACAGCUGACGGCCAUGCACGGCGACGAGACGCCUUGCCCAUACUGCCAUGCACUGUUCACCAACAUGCAUCAAUGCACGGUGUGGACGCAGCUGGCGAUGUUGUUGGUACACGGAGGCAGCAGCUUUGACCAAGACUCUCAGGGGCCACCUAAUGUUUUGAAAUGUGAACUCUGCAAUCAAGUCCAUGAAACGGCUGAAGCCUUACAUGCACACCUGACCCUGGACCAUCGGCUAGUGAGCACCAGCUACAACCCGGCCAGAGACAGCGUAGCGGGAGAACCCGCUUGUGCCCACUGCGGAGCUCUAUUUGAGCACUUAGAGUCCCUGCGCAGUCACGUGAACCAGGGCGGGUGCCCAAGAUUUGACCCAGAUCUGCCAACUGAAGUGCUUGAUGUUCAAGAAUCAUGGAUUGCAGCCACAUGUCAUGGAGAACUUGCCAAAACAUUGCGAGACGCCCACACCCGACUCCAACUGACAAUCCAAUGUCAGAGUUGCAGCAGCCGUUAUCACCGUGCAAACGACCUAUCAGGUCACUUACAAUCAGCGCAUUCCAGUCUGUGGUCGGCCUCCCAGAGACUUUGCCAUUUGUUAGUUUCCUUGGUCUACAGUGAUGUUGGUUGCACAUGCAACCCCAGUGUGAGCAAUCCUCGUGCCAACCAUGUGUGUUUGACCCUGACCCAACUAGCAAUGCAGCAUAUGAGAAUCCCAGAUGCCAUCUUUUACCCAAUCACUCCCACAGAUGAAGAGCUGGCCCAGAUUUUCUCUUCCAAAUUGGAUCGUGCCACACGUUUUCUUUUUGAACAGAUGCUCACAAAUCGACAGUUGCCAGCACUUUGGCAAGAUGCCAAUGUCCUCCAAGUGACCAGGUCUCAAUGCCUCUUUUGUGGAGAGACGUAUCAUGCGGGAGCACUCACGAUGCAUCUACAUGAGGCGCAUAAGGGUGGACUGCCAUUGGUGAAAUUCCUUUUGCAGCAGCUACUACCACAUUUUCUCCAGCGCAAUGACACUGACCAUCAAUGCUUUGCAUGCACACAGGUCUUUAAUCAUAAACUGGAGGAUGCUGAGGCCACAUGUGAUGCUGCGCGUCAACAGGUGGUUCAAGUGCAUUACAGAGCCCAGUGCCCUAGUAUUUUGCAAGCCGCGGUAGUCCUGAGCCGCGCAGCACAUGGCAGACUCACCAAUGUCAGACGUGGACGAGGUGUCCAACCAGAUCUGGAACGCCUUCCAGGAUCUCUCACCAUGGCUGGACACCAGCCUGACCAGAUCCAUCUAGCCAAGGCCAUGACCAUGUUGGCAACCUUGGCCAUCAAAUUGGACAAAGAGAUCCAAACCAUGAAGAAAGAGGACACCUACAUUUUCUUUUUCGCCAACAAAGGCAAAGAGAGCUGUUUGCACACCUUGAUACAAACGACGGAGCAGUGGGCCCAGAAGCACACAGAGAAUCAGAAGGCGGACCCACCGUUGCAGAGCAUGCCGCUGAGACAACACCUGAUGCAGGUCCUCUUCAACAACCUGCUCACGAGAAUCGAGCAGCUGGGGAAUGCGCCGGAGGGGGCAGAAAUCUUGAAAGCAGCGCAGCAGAACCUAGUACUGCUGAAGGACAAGACCUGCCCGUAUCUGGAAUGGAGUCACAGCAAGAAGGCCUUGACGGUCAGCAACAGGCCGCCACUUACGCUGAAGCAUCUGCAUCAGCUUUGCACAGAUCUCCUGGAAGCCCUGGCCAACCCAGCCCUGGUGGUGAAGUUUCAUGCCCUGCCUUCGGGGAGCAGACAGGAAGUAUCACCAUGGAAACUGCAGCUCAGCAUGCGGAUGGACGAGCCCUGGCAGCUGAUGCAAACCCUCUGCAAUUCGGGCAUAUGGCUCCUCAUGGGAGCAACUCUGAAAGCUCACAGCCUGGUGCAGAGCCCAGCAGCCCACAACUUGCAGAAGGCCCUGAAUUUGACACCGUCAACCAAAGGCAAAGGGAAGGGCAAGAACAAAAUGACUCCCGAGAUGAAACAGGACGCAGCUGAAUUUGUCAGCACCUGGCUGGAGCUGAUGCAUACUCCAGCGUUUGACAUGAGUUGGGAACGCAGAAUGGAAGAAAAUGACAUGACCCGUGCCUUUGAUUAUAGCCAUAGACAUACACCAUUGAGCCUGAAGUUCAACAGUUUCCUUGCCAAUUUCAUGACAUGUGAUCUCACGCAGUUGCUGCGCUUGUGGCGACAGGUGGAUGGUAUGUGCGCUGCCCUCCUGCAUGCACCUCAAUGUCUAUGCCUGCAUGUGGACCGGUGCACCCAAGAUGCCAAUCAGAUCAUUUACAAAAGUGACUGUAUGAUUCAUGUUGAUGAACCUUGCUUGGUGCCUGUUUUCACAGAUGACUCAUUGCGAUUUGAAAUGGUGGAAUAUCAAGUGAUGGCGCUAACGGCGCAUUUUGGCGCCGAUGGACAUGGACAUUAUCGAACUGCCUUGCGUAUUGCACCAACCGUAUUGCAUCUUGCGCAACCGGCGAACUGGCUUCUGACAGAUGACUGGCAGCAACCACAGCCAGCAUGGACCGUGCCGCCGUGGAUGAAAAGAUGUGCAACGAUGUUUUGGUUGGUGCGUGCAGAUUGUGCCCAUAUUUGGCGCUAUCGACCCAUCCCAAUGCAGCACUCAGCCUUGACGAGGGAAAGCAAUGAUGCCUGA